AAAGUCUCUGGAUCGCCCGCCAUUGUUGAACGCACAGUUUCUAAACAACUGCUCUGUUCUCAGUGAACUUUAUAUCAUGUUUCUCAAGCAUUUAACAAGUUUCAAAGCAGAAAUAAGAACACAGUUUCUUGUCAUGGAGCGAGGGAUGGUUACCUCUGUUCUUUUCUGCUUGAUCCUGGUUUUCCUUCCACUGACGAGUAUCUAUGCUAAUAAGGAAGUUGAUGCUUUAUUUAGCCUAAGGGUAAAUUUAGAAGAUCCUAAUGCUGUGCUGGAGAGCUGGGAUCCUACCCUUCCUAAUCCCUGCACGUGGAUUCAUGUUACUUGCAACAAUGAUAACAGUGUCAUAAGAGUUGAUCUUGGAAACGCUUCAUUGUCUGGUCAACUUGUCCCACAACUUGGUCAGCUUAAGAAUUUGCAGUACUUGGAACUUUAUAGUAAUAACAUAAGUGGACCAAUUCCUAGUGAACUUGGUAAAUUGAAAGGUUUAGUGAGCUUGGAUCUUUACUGGAACAAAUUCAAUGCGCACAUUCCAAAUACACUGGGGAAGCUGAGAAAGCUGCGUUUUCUCCGGCUUAACUCCAACAGGUUGACAGGUCAGAUUCCAAUGUCUUUAACCAAUCUCAAAGCACUGCAAGUUCUAGAUCUAUCCAACAACCAACUUUCAGGACCUGUUCCAAACAAUGGCUCCUUUUCUCUGUUCACUCCAAUCAGCUUUGCUAAUAAUCCAAAUCUAUGUGGUCCACUUACUGAUCACCCUUGCCCAGGAUCUCCUCCAUUUCCCCCACCUCCUCCUUUAGAGACAUUACCACCUGUCACUUCUCCAGGUCUCUCUCCCUCUCCAUCUCCAACAAGCCCAACCAUCUAGGCAAGAGGUUCUGAGGUUUGUCAGUUGGACCAGUUGAUUGACCUGGUUUUGUAUUGGUCAUUGCUAAAAUUUUUGGGUCUUGGUUGGUCUGUCAAUUGGAUCUAAGAUAGACUUGUAGAAUGGUUAAUUUGUAAGCAUUGUGAAUGUUUGAACUUAUCAAUUACUUGGAUACUUUCAAAGUUAGAGAUUUAAAUUUUCAUU